AGGAGGUGGGGUGAGUUCGCGGGUCGAGCGGAGGAGAAGCUUCUGGUGGUGGUGGCUCUCGUCGUCAAGCAGGAGGGGAGAGAGGAGCCGGCGGCGGAGGUGAAUGGCGGUGGAGUACCACUGCUGCUCGGCGGCCUUUUUCGAGCACAUCGUCAUCAUCAUCGUGCUCGUGCUCUUCGCGGGCCUCAUGUCGGGCCUCACCCUGGGCCUCAUGUCCCUUAGCCUCGUCGAUCUCGAGGUCCUCGCCAAGUCCGGCACCGAGCAGGAUCGCAAGCACGCAGCUAAGAUUUUACCUGUUGUGAAGAACCAGCACCUUCUGCUAUGCACUCUUCUAAUCUGCAAUGCGGCUGCAAUGGAGGCUUUGCCCAUAUUCCUUGAUAGCUUGGUGACAGCUUGGGGUGCUAUUUUAAUAUCAGUGACACUGAUUCUGCUUUUUGGUGAGAUCUUACCACAGUCCAUCUGCUCACAUUAUGGGCUGGCUAUUGGUGCCUCAGUUGCUCCAUUAGUCCGUGUGCUUGUUUGGGUCUGCUUUCCUAUUGCCUAUCCUAUAAGCAAGCUAUUGGACUAUGUGCUGGGUCAUGGUCAGACAGCUCUCUUCCGUAGAGCUGAACUAAAAACACUUGUCACUCUGCACGGGAAUGAGGCUGGCAAAGGUGGAGAAUUAACCCAUGAUGAAACUACCAUAAUAGCAGGAGCUCUUGAACUGACUGAAAAGAAAGCUAAAGAUGCUAUGACACCCUUGUGUCAAACAUUUGCAAUUGAUAUAAAUGCAAAACUUGACAGGAAUCUAAUGCAAGAGGUACUUGAGAAAGGGCAUAGCAGAGUUCCUGUGUAUUAUGAAAAGAAAACGAAUAUUAUUGGAUUGAUAUUGGUGAAGAAUUUAUUAUCAGUUAGUGCUGAUGAUGAGGUUCCUAUAAAAAGUGUAACUAUCCGCAAAAUUCCUCGUGUUCUAGAAGAAAUGCCCCUCUAUGACAUCCUAAACGAAUUUCAGAAAGGUCACAGCCACAUGGCUGUAGUCAUAAGGAAAAACAAUCCAAGUUACCAACCAGCUGAACAAGCUGCUAAUGAUGGUGGAACUUUUGAGGUGUCCAUUGCUAUUGAUGAUAAGAACAACGAAAAGGUCGUGAAAAACCUUCCGCCACCACUGCAAAGAUGGAAGAGCUACCCUAACACUCAGAACACAUCAAAUAGAGGAAAUAGGCCUAAAAAAUGGUCCAAAGAUCAAGCAGACGUUCUGCAGGUCCAUAAAGAGCCCUUGCCCACACUGAGCGAAGAUGAAGAGGCUGUUGGUAUCAUAACCAUGGAGGAUGUCAUAGAGGAGCUCCUGCAGGAGGAGAUAUACGACGAGACAGACGUACAUGAGGAACAAUGACGCUGGCCUUGCGCCCUCCCUCCAGCUGUUAGAAAGUGCGCUUUUAUGCAAAACUUAUGUAUAGAUAGGCAGAUACACUGAGAGAUAUUUUAGCCGUAGCCCGUAGCCGUUCAUUGUAGUACUAUAGGUGGCUGGCUGUCUCGAGUAUUGGUAAAGACUGUUCGGAGUGCGUCGUUCGUUCUCGUCCAGAACAGCUGGGUUCUGGGCAUCCGGGGAAGAAACGGAGGCGUUGACGCGUGUGUGUAGGUUCAGAAGAAACCCCAAUAAGAUAAUUGCGUUGUUAUAUGAUGCCGCUCGCAUUAUUAGGACGAAUCUGUUGACAUAUAGUCUUAUAAAUUAAAAACAAUGUUU